CUUUUCUUGUUAUUUUUUUUUUCUUCAUUCUAAUUCAUCCAAAACAAAAUUUCGAUUUCAAUAUACCAAAGAAAAAUGAUGGACGUUGAAUACGUGGGUCCCACUCGUUAUGACUACGGCGACAGCGACAGCGACAGCGACGAUACAUCCAUUUCCCCUCCCUCUCCACCUAAAUUCACCGUACGUCUCUCACCCAACUACAAACCAACCCACCCCACAACGCUCACAAUCAGCCUCCAUGCACCACCAAAAGAGGAAUCCACCACCACAAAGAAACUCGGAAUAAUUUACGCACCCUGCACCCAAGCCAAUAUGAAAUCACCCCUAGGAUUAUGCUCCGUAAAUGCAUCUUUGGGUCAGAUAUUUCAAAAAACACCUGGCAGUGUUUGGGUGUGGGUGUCUAGGGAUAUGCCGGUGGAGUUGCAUUAUGGAUGGGUGAGAGCUUUGGUUGAGAAAUUUGGGUUAGAUGCUGUAAGGGAGUUGGUUGUCGUGGAUGAUGUUAGGGUUAGGAGACCGGUGGUUGUGGGGUUGCCAGCGGCGGUGAUGAAUUAUGCGGAUGCAGUGGGUCUUCGGUGCACCUAUGUUAGGGAUCCGAUGGUGGCGGCGGCGACGGCAGCGGGGGCGGGGGCAGCAGUGGAUAUGCUGAUGGUAGGCCGUGAGGAAGUUGUGCGGGAUGAGCUAGAUCACGAAAUAUCGACAUCUCUGUAUCUCUGAAAACAAAAUAAACGAAUAAAAAUAUAAACUGUUGCUGU